CGCUGUCGAUGAUCCCGCCGAAGUAUACCAGUAAACCUUUACCGGAAAUCGAACCUCCAUCGUGUCUUUGUGAUCUGUCUAUUUGUGGAUCUUCACUGACAUCACUUGUUAUCUAGGCCGGCAAACCCUAUGGUGUAGACUUCAUCGAACAGAACCGCAGUUCGACCUGGGUCCCCCGCAUUUUUAGUGGACGCAAUAGCGCAGUUCCCCCAAACAGUCCCAUAAACUUGCCGUCGCCCGCUCUAAAAAGACCAAAUGUCAACAACGUGAGGGCUUCUCCACCAGAUAAAAGACGAACGGGAUUGCUACCGUCUCAGCAUAUGGUACGCAUUCACUACAACGCCAAGUUAAUCGGAGCGCGAGAUGUUUUGCAAUAUUACCAGCAGUACACACAAGAGGAAAUUCGGCUCGCCCCAUCUGCUCCGCAUCCUAGUCUUGCUGUCGGAUUGAGACAGACCAAAAGUGCCUGUUUAGUAUUUGCAUUGGCCGCAACUUUCACUGUUCCAGUCGUCUUCUUUGCAUGGGACCCAGUCAGCCACAGUAAUCACAUCUAUGCGCACCUUUCUCUGGCAUUCGCAAGCAUCGUCCAGAUGAUUGCAGUACGAGAAUUCUUCCCCGGCGCAAUCAGAACCCUCAUACAUGCUCACAUAUUCGACAUGGACUCUCUGAUUGCACUUAGUACAAGUGUAGCCUAUGUCUACAGUGUCAUUUCAUACACAAGAGAGGUCAAAGGGAGGCCUCUCGAGACCGGAUCCUUCUUUGAGACAUCGACCCUGUUGGUCACUUUGAUCCUUCUAGGGCGAGUCGUCAGCGAAUUUGCCCGUUCUAGGGCAGCGAAUUCGGUGUCAUUCCGCUCGCUUCAAGUGGACGAGGCCCUUCUAGUAACAGAUUCAUCAUCGCCUAGCAACCCGGUUACUGACCUUAUUGAUGCUCGUCUACUACAGUACGGUGAUGUGUUCAAGGUUUUGCCAGAGUCGAGGAUCGUUACCGAUGGCAUUGUCAUACAAGGUGGUUCCGAAGUAGACGAGUCAAUGAUUACAGGGGAAGCUUUGCCUGUUGCAAAGGGCCGCGAGUCAACCGUGCAUGCAGGUACAGUCAACGGAAGCGGUCACCUCAUUGUUGCUUUGGAAAAGCUGCCCCACGAAAAUUCUGUCAGCAAGAUUGCGACACUAGUUGAGAACACGGAGCUCACCAAGCCGAAAGCCCAGGCUAUUGCCGACCGCGUUGCUUCGUGGUUUGUGCCCUCGAUUAUCUUUAUUGCACUCUUAGUGUUCACCAUUUGGAUCCUUGUUGACAAUUAUCACUAUCACCGAAGUACCAGCUCUGCUGCAAUCAAAGCCUUCACCUACGCUAUAGCAACAUUUGUUGUUUCUUGCCCAUGUGCAAUUGGCCUCGCUGUCCCAAUGGUGGUACUCAUUGCUAGCGGUGUCGCAGCCCGCUCGGGUAUCAUCUUCAGAGACCCACAGAAGCUGGAAACGACCCGCAGUGUCACUGACAUAGUCUUUGACAAGACCGGAACACUGACGGAUGGCGUCCUCACUGUAGAGAGAACAGCCUUCCAUGACGCCACAGAAAAGGAGGUAAGAAGCCUUAUAUUAGGGCUCCUCGACGGCAUCAAACACCCAGUCUCGAUUGCGGCAUGGAAAUGGGCCCGCGCCCGAGACUUGAUGAAUACUCUACCGACACAGAUGACCAGCAUCCAGAGUAUCCCGGGUGAAGGAAUUCAGGGCAUGACUGUGAAUGGGAACCAUAUCGUGCGAGCUGGCAACCCACUAUGGCUGGGUAUCGACUGUCCUGCGGAUAAACGCUUCCCUCAUGAGCACAAUCAUACCCUCCUGUGCCUCACAGUCGACGGCAUUCCCAAAGCGGAGUUGUUCCUCAAAUCUAACAUCCGCCCGACGGCCAAAGCUACCAUAAAGAAUCUCCAUGACCGUGGUAUCCGUGUCCACAUGAUCACCGGCGACCACGAUAGGGCUGCUGCCGGCGUUGCUGGAGACCUCUCUAUCCCAGCCCAUCUCGUCAAAGCCCGUCUCAAACCCGCAGAAAAACAAGCCUACGUCGACGCUCUACAAGCAGACGGAAAGACAGUCAUGUUCGUUGGCGACGGCACCAACGAUGCUGUCGCCCUCAAAACCUCCGCUAUCGGCGUCCAUCUCAACCGCGGCUCGGACGUGGCCAGAUCUGCAGCCGAUAUUGUCCUGAUGAACCCGAAUUUGCUGGACGUCUGCGUCCUGCUCGAUAUUUCGCGCGCCGCAUACCGUCGUAUCGUGCUCAACUUUGUGUGGAGCUUUGUAUAUAACAGCGUGGCAGUUCUCUUGGCGGCUGGGGCAUUCAGGGUGUGGAGGAUUGAGCCGAAGUACGCCGGGUUCGGGGAGCUGGUUAGUGUGCUGCCGGUUGUUGGUGUGGCGUUUUCAAUGACAUGGAGGGGAUAUGGGAGGAAGUAUAGGGAUUUGAAGGGGGAUUUGGUAAAGCUGUCGCUGAGGGACCCGGGGAUAUGAGCACUUCGCUUAGGCUGGUAGUCCUUGACUUGGGAUGAGCACAUUUCUUGAUCUUUCCAUGCACGAUUUAUCUUCUUGAUAGAAUUUUCACAGUGGGCUGGGAGCAUUCAUGCCAGAUGGCAACGACAAACAAC